CUGCCUCGCCUCCCCAUGCUUCGCCUCUCCGCCAACCCCUCUCCCCUCUCCCCGUCAGCCUCCCUCGUCCGCCCGCGCCGCCUGCUCCGCCUCCGCGCCCUCGCGGCUGCCGCCUCGGCCUCAGCCCCUGCAUCGCCCUCCGCCCGCAGCCUCCGCCUCCUCGAAUGGGGCAAGGUCUGCCGUGCCGUCGCCUCGUUUGCCGGCACCGCGCACGGACGCGAAGCCACCGAGAAGCAGCUGUGGGGCGUGGAGGACGUGAGCUACGAGCGUAGUCGGGUGCUGCUUCGGGAGACCGAGGCGGCCGUGCGGCUGCUGGGCAGCUCCGGUGGGUCGCUGGAUUUCUCCGGGUUGGAUACGGUCGCGGUAGAGUCUGCAAUAAAUCGUGUCUCGGGUGGUUCGGUGAUUAAAGGCCACGAAGCGAUGGCAGUGGUUAGCCUGAUGCUGCUUGUUGAGUCCUUGCAAGGAACUAUUAAAGCUGCUAUGAAGCAAGGCGAAGACUCGCGCGAUCUAUUAAUGCCCCUUACAGAAACAAUUCUAGAUGCUGUUGUCAGUAAGUCACUAGUGAAGUCUAUACAGGAUAUCAUUGAUGAUGAUGGCUCCGUGAAAGACACUGCAAGUCCUGAACUAAGACGAUAUCGAGAUCAAGUUCAAGUCCUAGAGAGCAGGUUAUGUCAGCUUAUGGAUAAGUUGAUACGGAAUGCUGACAAUGAAGCUUCUUUAUCGGAAGUAAGCAGUGUAAAUGGAAGAUGCUGCAUCAAAAUGACUGGGAAUAAGUCUUCAAAUUUUGAUGGAUUACUACUCUCCAGUGGUUCAGAUGCUGGAAGUAUGAUAGAACCAAUUGUUGCUAUUCCGCUAAAUGAUGAGCUGCAGGGUGCUAGAGCUCUAGUGGCUAGAGCUGAACUUGAUGCUUUAUCAAAACUGACUGACAAGAUUCUUCUCGAGCUUGAUAAUAUUCAGAUUUUGAUGCAGGAAACUAUUACACUUGAUAAGGUCACAGCUCGUGCAAAAUACAGUAUAGCAUAUGAUGGUACACUUCCUGACCUGUAUUUGCCGAACUUUGAGCAUGGGACUAUCGAUACUGCUAAAGAUGGGCCUGUCAGUACAACUUCGUCAGCUCAACUCCCUAAGAGGUCAUGGAAAUUAUUUAUUCCAAAUGCAUACCACCCAUUAUUGCUCCAGCAGCACCAGGAAAAUCUGCGUCGUACCAAAAAGGAUGUUGCGAGUGCCACAUCGGAGAUUCGGAGGCGGAGGAUAUACGGACAAGAUAUUGCAGAGGAAGAUCAACUAGCGGCAGACCUUGAUUUCAUGAAGAUUAGGGUUUCUGAGCUGGAGAGGAACCAUCCGAUCCCAGUAGAUUUUAUGAUUGCUGAAGAGACUACCGUUUUGGUCAUAACUGGCCCAAAUACAGGGGGCAAAACAAUCAGCUUGAAGACGGUUGGGCUGGCAUCGUUAAUGGCUAAGAUAGGUCUAUACAUUCUAGCUUCUGAACCAGUUAAAAUUCCAUGGUUUGAUGCUAUUUAUGCUGACAUUGGAGAUGAGCAAUCUUUGACCCAAUCACUCUCAACAUUUUCUGGGCAUCUGAAGCAGAUUGGGGCCAUUCGUGCUCAGUCAACUUCACAAUCGUUGGUCCUUUUGGAUGAGGUUGGUGCUGGGACAAAUCCACUUGAAGGGGCUGCUUUGGGGAUGUCUCUCUUGGAGUCUUUUGCUGAAGCUGGUUCCUUUCUAACUCUAGCUACAACUCAUCAUGGCGAACUUAAAACACUAAAAUACAGCAAUGAUUCAUUUGAGAAUGCAUGUGUGGAAUUUGAUGAAGAGAAUCUAAAGCCUACAUUCAGGAUACUUUGGGGAAUACCAGGGCGUUCAAAUGCAAUCAACAUUGCUGAAAGACUAGGUUUAUCCUUGGAUAUAGUAGAAAGUUCUCGGCGGUUACUGGGAACAGCUGGUGCAGAGAUAAAUGCGUUGAUUAUGGACAUGGAAAAAUUCAAGCAAGACUACCAUGAACAGCUUCAGCAGGCACAACAUUAUCUUAUGCAGUCCAAGGAGCUUCAUAAUAACUUGGAAGUGGCACAGAAAAACAUUGUAGAUCAUACUACUGCUCAGAGAAAAAGAAAGUCAAGAGUAGUUUCAGAGUAUGCUGUUAUGGCUCGUUCAAUCAUUCACAAGAAGUUUCAGCUGUUCAGAGAAUCUGCAAUAGCUCAAAGAGUGAUAGAAGAAGAGAAGGCUGCGGAGAAGGCCAAACUUGAGAGAGUGAAGGGCCCAGAGCCGUCAAGCACUUCUUCCCUUAAAAAGAUGCAAAUUACAAAUAGCAGCAUGGCCACUAAAGCUAGUGAUAAUAUAAUAGAUGAAGAUGGUGGGAUUCCAGAAGUUGGAGAUUUAGUUUACGUUCCUAAACUCAAGAAUCAAGCUACUGUAGUCAAAGUAGAUCCGUCCAAGAAUGAAGUCCAAGUCCAAGCUGGCAUGAUGAAGCUAAAACUAAAGUUGAAAGAUGUCAAGAUCCAGAAGCAGAGGACAGCCAGAUAAAAUGGUUGUGCUACCCUGCAAUCGCAGAGAUAAGUAUGUAAUGUUGUUCUAUUCAAUAUAUAGCUAUCCAUUUUGACUAUAUAAUCAUGCAAUUGUAGAUCCCUAGUCUGCAUGUAAAUGCUUAAUUCAGUAAAUAGUAUCUAUCUUCCAUUUC